AUGCAAAUAAGUGAAGUUAAAGUCAUGUUGCCACUACAAAAUGGUGCUGGUGCUCCCAAGUCAAAGUCACGUGUUCCACCAUUGGCAUCUGAACCUCUGGGUUUUGGGCAGAAGCAUGAUGCAACAGUCGAUAUACCAUUGGAUACAAUGAAUGAUUCUAAGCAAAAGGCAAAAGAGCUUGCAACUUGGGAAGCAGAUCUCAAGAGGAGAGAAAAGGAUAUUAAACGGAGAGAAGAUUCUGUUGCAAAAGCUGGUGUCCCCGCUGAUGAUAGAAAUUGGCCUCCAUUUUUUCCAAUUAUUCACCAUGAUAUAGCUAAUGAAAUACCAGUACAUGCUCAAAGGCUACAAUAUCUGGCUUUUGCAAGUUGGCUAGGCAUAGUUCUUUGCCUAUCUUUUAACGCAAUUGCUAUUAUUGUUUGUUGGAUUAGAGGCGGAGGUGUUAAAAUAUUUUUGCUUGCAACGAUCUAUGCUCUACUUGGAUGCCCUCUUUCAUAUGUUCUGUGGUACAGGCCUCUCUAUCGUGCAAUGAGGACAGAUAGUGCCUUUAAGUUUGGUUGGUUUUUCCUGUUCUACAUGCUCCAUAUUGGGUUUUGCAUUUUUGCGGCGAUAGCUCCUCCAAUUGUCUUUAAUGGGAGAUCAUUGACGGGCAUUCUUCCAGCAAUUGAUGUCUUCUCAGACCAUGUGGUGGUAGGGAGUAUUAAUAAAUAA